AUGAACGGCGCCAAGAUUCCUGCAUCCCAUUCCAUAAUGGGUUCUUUGGCCACUGAUGAGACUUACGAUCUUGUGAACUUGCGGAGAAUCCGACGUUUCUGGUUCUCUUGUGCGAUAUCGACGAUGACUGGAUCUAUGGUGGAAGCAGAAUUAAUUCCCAUUGAAGUUCACAGGACCUUCAAGAGUUGCACAGCAAAUAUGGGAGGCCUCCUUGGCAUGAGCCAAUAG